AUGAAGGUUUUGCUUCAACUUCUGUUUGUGUUUGGCGCAUCCUUUCUGACUGUGGAAUCACGAUUAAUUUUGCAUGAUAAGACGGCUGGUGAAGUAAAUAAUGCAGCCAAUGCUGAUGAGCAAAUGCCAGAAAUACAUUUGAAUGCAACUUUCAUAUCCACUGAUGGAAUAAUGAAACGGUGCACUUCUCACGCUGAUUGCUAUGAUAUGCGUGAGCCAAUUGAUUGGUGUCGCUUAGCUGACAAUCAGCAAUGGACAGACAAAGGAUGUCAUUGUGCUUCCUUGAAUAAAUGUGUUAUUGAACGGUUAACCAAACUCGGUUCAGUCUCUGCAAUUCGAAACUAUGCACUCUGUGCACCUAAAAAAUCCUGGAAAUGUCCACCUUCGACAAGAUUUGUAUGA